UGCCUUUUGAAACACAUCGUUUUUCCCUCAAAAUUCAUUUAGCAGACUCUCUCUAAACCCCUUCUCCCCUCUCUCUCUACAAUUGAACACUGCACACUCCAUACGAGAUCCAUCUCGAAACCCUAGUUUUUUGUAAAGAGCAUCGCGGAACCAGACCCUAGUUUCUCGCCCACUGAACCAGGCGGACACCUAUGGCGAUCUCCUCGCAAACCCUUGAUAUAAUGGGAGAACGCCAGUCAGGCCAAGACGUUCGCACCCAAAAUGUAAUGGCAUGUCAAGCUGUUGCUAACAUUGUGAAGUCUUCACUGGGACCUGUUGGUCUAGACAAGAUGCUUGUUGAUGACAUUGGAGAUGUUACAAUCACUAAUGAUGGGGCAACCAUCCUAAAGAUGUUGGAGGUGGAACACCCCGCUGCUAAGGUUCUAGUAGAGUUGGCGGAACUUCAAGAUCGAGAAGUUGGAGAUGGAACAACUUCUGUAGUUAUUAUUGCUGCUGAACUGCUCAAGAGAGCAAAUGAUCUUGUCCGGAACAAAAUUCAUCCAACAUCUAUAAUCAGUGGAUAUAGACUUGCCAUGAGAGAAGCCUGCAAAUAUGUUGAAGAAAAGCUGUCUGUGAAGGUUGACAAGCUUGGCAAAGACUCACUUAUAAACUGUGCCAAGACUAGUAUGUCUUCAAAGCUGAUUAACAUUGACAGUGACUUAUUUGCGACAUUGGUUGUUGAUGCAGUUCAAGCUGUAAAGACUACAAACAAUAGGGGUGAAGUCAAAUACCCUAUCAAGGGCAUCAACAUUCUGAAAGCCCAUGGAAAAAGUGCAAAGGAGAGUUAUUUGUUAAACGGCUAUGCUCUCAAUACAGGAAGGGCAGCACAAGGAAUGCCUACAAGAGUAGCACCUGCAAGAAUUGCUUGUAUUGAUUUCAAUCUUCAGAAGACCAAAAUGCAAAUGGGUGUCCAGGUCUUGGUCUCUGAUCCAAGGGAACUUGAGAAAAUUCGUCAAAGAGAGGCUGACAUAACAAAGGAGAGGAUUGAAAAACUUUUGAAAGCAGGAGCAAAUGUGAUAUUAACGACAAAAGGUAUUGAUGACAUGGCUCUAAAGUAUUUUGUUGAAGCUGGUGCUAUUGCUGUAAGGCGUGUCCGGAAAGAGGACUUGCGCCAUGUUGCCAAGGCAACUGGGGCAACUCAGGUUCUCACGUUUGCUGACAUGGAAGGGGAGGAGACAUUUGAUUCAUCACUUCUUGGCUAUGCUGAUGAAGUUGUUGAGGAGCACCUUGCUGAUGAUGAUGUUAUAUUGGUGAAGGGAACCAAAACCACAAGUGCGGUUUCUUUAAUUCUUAGAGGUGCCAAUGACUUUAUGCUGGAUGAGAUGGAGCGCUCUUUGCACGACGCAAUAUGUAUUGUUAAGAGAGUUCUUGAGUCCAACAUGGUUGUUGCAGGUGGUGGUGCGGUUGAGGCUGCAUUAUCUGUAUAUUUAGAAUAUCUUGCAACCACUCUGGGAUCUAGAGAGCAACUUGCUAUUGCUGAGUUUGCUGAGUCCCUUUUGAUCAUACCUAAGGUACUUGCUGUAAAUGCUGCCAAGGAUGCAACUGAAUUGGUCUCAAAACUCAGGGCUUAUCACCAUACAGCACAGACUAAGGCAGACAAGCAACAUCUUUCAGGAAUGGGAUUGGAGCUUUCCAAGGGAACCAUCCGGAACAAUCUAGAAGCUGGAGUUCUUGAGCCAUCAAUGAGCAAAGUGAAGAUAAUACAGUUUGCCACUGAGGCUGCUAUUACAAUUCUUCGGAUUGAUGACAUGAUUAAACUCAUCAAAGAUGAGCGCGAAGAUGGAGCAGAGUAGAAGUUGUUGCCGCAAGAUUUUUACCCACUUAUUGAUAGAUAAAUUCAGAAUACAAUUUUGUAAUUUGGGUUUGUAGAACUAUGUUCAUUUUUCAUUAAGAAAUUCAUUAAGAAAUUUUAUGUCUAGUCAUUAGUGUUGGAGAUUAGAAGUUUGGGUCAAUUUGAGGUUUGAAAUAGCAUUGCCUGCGCUUCAAUGCAAUCGAUACUUGAUUACCAUAUAUUUUCUGUAAUAUCCGUGUUUUUGCCUUCUUUAUUGAAGAAUGACCCAUGCUUGUGCGAACCAGUGUAUGAAAAACAGGUUAUGAAACUUGGAGCUGUUGGGUCA